CGACGACAACAACAUCCUCACCACGACGCCAUCAAAAUGCCUCACAAGCACAAGAGACGCGGAAACGACGAUUCCAUCUACGACCUCCCCCCCUCCGUAAUCGCGAAACCCCUUCCCGUCAGAGACCCAGGCAAGAAUCAGCACAAAGGUAGCAGGGCCAAAAACCAACAGAAACCAUCCUCGUCCCUUCAUGCCAUCAAGAACAACCCACAAGAUGACACGCCCAAGGCGUUCAAACGACUCCUGCAAUACCAGCAGCGCCAAUCGAAGUCUGCUUCUACCGGCCUAGACGAUCGCGAACACAGGAAGAAAAAAGGGAACAGCAACAGCAACAACAAUAACAAUAAUAAUAAUAACACCAAGAAGCGAAAACGCGGGAAUGAUGACACCGGGCCUGUAGCGACAACGAAACAAACGAAAAAGGAAUCCAACCAGACCUCGACAGAAACCAAAGCCAUCCCGAAAAUAAUGCCGGGAGAGAAAUUCUCCGAUUUCGCCGCGCGCGUCGAUCGCGCACUGCCUUUAUCCGGUAUCCAGAAAUCCGCGCGACCGGCACCGUCUGAUCUCCCCAAGCUCCGCGAGGAGCGACGGACGAAGCACGAGAAGCGCCUGCUUCGGCUGCAGAAGCAGUGGAGGGAGGAGGAAGAGCGGAUCCGGGAACGGGAGGCUGCGGAGCGGGAGGAGCGGGAGGCGGAGAUGGAGGAGGAGCUAGAGUUGUGGAAGAAAUGGGAGGCUGAACGGCGAGGGAGCAAGGCGAGGAAGAAGAACAAGAACAAGAAAAAUAAGGACGGGGCUGGGGCGGUUGAUGAUGAUGCGGAUCCGUGGGCGAAAUUGAAGAAUCGGGAUCCCGUUGUUAAGGCUAAUCCGUUUGAUGUCGUGCAGGCUCCGCCGCAGUUGACGAAGCCCAGAGAGGUGUUCAAGGUGCGUGGUGGUGCUGGCGUGGAUGUCGCCAAUGUGCCUGCUGCGGCGGGGAGUUUGAGGCGCAGAGAAGAGCUCGCUGGGGAGCGGAGGAAUAUCGUCGAGGAAUAUAGACGAUUGAUGUCUGAGAAGAGGAAACAGUGAUGGUUUUUCUAGCAUUACAGUAUUUCCAUGA